GGGGAGUCAGCCAGCGCGAGGGCGCCUGACUGAACGCAUUGGAGGAGUGCUAGCUAGCCAUAGCCACAGCUUCUGGCUUCCAGUUUACAUAUAUAUGCUUUUACAUCAGACUUUCUGAGCAGGUUUGGCAGGCAUCUAAAUCCAAAAGCAAGAAAUGGCUCCCAAGAAGGCAAAGGGAAAUAACGUGCCACAGCCUCAACCACUGAUUGGACGGUUUGGGACCUCAUUGAAAAUAGGAAUCGUUGGACUGCCCAAUAUAGGGAAGUCAACCUUUUUCAACGUACUGACAAAGAGUCAAGCUGCAGCUGAAAAUUUCCCCUUCUGCACCAUUGACCCAAAUGAAAGCAGAGUGCCUAUCCCCGACGAACGCUAUGAUUUCCUCUGCCAAUUCCACAAGCCUGCCAGCAAGGUGCCGGCGUUCCUGAACGUGGUGGACAUAGCAGGCCUGGUGAAAGGGGCUCAUGCCGGCCAGGGCCUAGGAAACGCCUUCCUGUCCCACAUUAGUGCCUGUGAUGGCAUCUUUCACAUGACACGCGCUUUUGAUGACGAGGAGAUCGUCCACGUGGAGGGCACGGUGGACCCAGUGAGGGACAUGGAGAUCAUCCACGAGGAGCUGAGGAUAAGGGAUGAGGAGAUGAUCGGACCCAUUAUUGACAAGCUGGAGAAGUCGGCCAUCAGGAGCGACGAGAAGAAACUCAAACCUGAAUACGAUGUAAUGUGCAAAAUCAAGACCUGGGUACUGGAUGAAAAGAAACAUGUCCGCUACUAUCCCGAUUGGAACGACAAGGAGAUUGAAGUGUUGAACAAAUACUUGUUUUUGACGUCCAAGCCAAUGAUUUACCUCGUUAACCUCACUGAGAAAGACUACAUAAGGAGGAAGAACAAAUGGUUGGUGAAGAUCAAGGACUGGGUGGACAGUCACGACCCCGGGGCGCUGGUCAUCCCGUUCAGCGGGGCUCUGGAGAGCCGACUGCAGGACAUGAGUGAGGAGGAGAGGCUGGAGCUCUACUCCCAGCACAAGACACAGAGUGUCCUGACCAAGAUCAUCAAGGCUGGCUAUUCAUCCCUUCAGCUCGAGUACUUUUUCACAGCGGGACCUGACGAAGUCCGUGCUUGGACCGUUCGAAAAGGAACCAAGGCUCCACAGGCGGCGGGGAAGAUCCACACAGACUUUGAGAAGGGCUUCAUUAUGGCGGAAGUAAUGAAAUUCCAGGAUUUUAAAGAGGAAGGCAGCGAGAACUCUGUCAAGGCAGCCGGAAAAUAUAGACAGCAAGGCAGGAACUGUGUGGUAGAGGAUGGGGACAUCAUCUUUUUCAAAUUCAACACACCCAACCAGCCUAAGAAGAAGUGACCGACAAGCAGUCUGUUAACCAACAACUGGACUGUGCUGCAGGAGAGUGCCUUCUCUUUGUUUCAGAGAGAGAGAGCGAGGCUCGCGCGUCUCGAUCGCUACCUGCCCACAUGUCCCAGGCUAACCUUCCCACAGUUAUAUUAUCCCUGUUUGUUUUGCUGUCCUGGAAUAUCCAGCCCUCUCCCUUCUCCGUGCCAAAGCACAGGUCUACUAAACACUGACAGCUUUGCUAUUUAAGAUCAGGAACAGCCCCCCUCUCCAAAUUGUAAGAGCAUUUGAAGAAGCGCACGACUCUCCAGAUACUUCAUUAAUCUCCAUCAGGGGUGCCAUCCCUGACACAGCUGACAGCGAGGACAAUGCCACCUGCUCCCCUUCCUCUUCCACAGAUAAUGCAUGUUUUACAGUAGCCCAGAUGUCUACACUCAAUAAAACAUUUGACAAAACCAGGCUGUGUGUGUUUGGGGA